GGAUACGUUUACGCACACAAUCUAAUGUUGAACAAGUAAAACUUUUUUUAUUCUGAAGCACUAGAGAAAAUUUACAACAUGCGUGUUCGCAGAAGUGUUUUGCUUCUAGGCUUAUUAGUUGUUUCGAAAAUGAUCUAUAUUGCUAUGAUCUAUGUUAUAAAAUUGGCAGCCGUACGACAUUAUCUAACAGCUUUCUUUCUUUUUUCGUCAAUAUUUGAAAACCAUACUUGAACCUCAUAAUAGUGUAUGAUUCAGAGCUCUGUUUAUAAUACUUUAAUUAUCCAUUAUAACACUUACUUUACAUUAUCAAAUGAUUUAAACUAAUGGACGUUAUCAAACACAGUUGCAUCACUAUCCCCACAUGUUACUCACAAGCGGAAAUAUUAUGUAAAUGCACGUGGAAGGGGAUCAUCUUAAAAUAGCAAAAGUUUCUUGCGCUAUUUCAAGAUAAUCUAUCAAAAAUUUUCAGUAUGUUUUGAACCUCCAGAGGCUAAUGCAACCAAUAUCUUGCUUGGAAAAUGUAUCGACAUAAGCAACAUAAUAAGCAAAAAUAAAGGAAGAAAUUUAUGUGCAAGUGAAAGACAACUCGCCGUCAAUAGAAGCAAAAAUGGAGAAAGAGAAAUAUGUACAAGUGAAAGAUAACUCGCCGUCAAUAGAACGCAUUUUACGUCCAAUAUCAUACGCUUCAUGGUUCCUAGGCGUCGGUAUUGCACAUCCGCGAAAGUGUCCUAAAGCUAUAACGAUAACCAUACGUAUAGUUCAUAUGAUUCUGUGUUCCUUUCUUGUAAUAAUACAUGCAUUAGAAAUCUACUUUAUCAUUUAUGAGCUAGACAUAAUCGAUUACAUAUAUUGCCUAAAUCAAGUGAUGUGUCGCGUAUCAACCUAUUAUUACAUUUAUCACGGAAUUAGACAGUACCACAAGUGGACGGACCUGAUGGAUAGAUUAAAGGAACUCGAUCAGAAGAUCAAGAAAAAAAUAUCAAUGAAUGACCGAUCUAUAAAAAUUGUCGUAGCGCUAGCAGUUUUCGCGGCGUUCACUCCCUAUCCUUUGAUACUGAUUAUUCAUUUUUUAUAUUCUUACUUAUUUACACAUCCAAAAUAUCUUGUUACGAUUGAUUGGGCAGAUUUUGUGCUUUACUACAUGUUAUGCCAGUCAUUGAUUAACAGUUUCGUCUUCGACGUAAUCGUUUAUGUGUUAUAUUGCAGAUUUCAAACAAUAAAUACAUUGAUCUGUCAGUUAGACAAGUCAUCUGAUGUAUUAUGGAUCGCGUUCAAGAUUAGAAGCAUCAGAAAAAUUCAUACUGAUAUUUGUGAUCUCGUCAACAUGGUAAAUGACAUUCAUAGUCUUCAUCUCCUUUUCUGUUUGAUGAAUUGCUUCACCAUGGCUGUGGAUGUGCUUUGCCAGGUUUACAUUUUUGAGACAAACUACACAGAUUACGAGUUAAUACUGAUACAGAAUUUCUGUUUCAUUGCGUAUGUCACGCAAUUCUAUUUGAUUUGCUUGAUUUGUACGCUCGCAUGUCAAGAGUCUAACAGAACCGGGAGAAUUAUAUAUGAUAUUAUAUUCAAUUAUAAACCUGCAAAUCUUGAUAAUCAUGAGGCAAAUAAUCUAUCGAGUUUAGAAAUGCCUCCACUUGAAGACCUAGGCAGCGAGCAAAGUUUCAAUCAGAGUCACAAUUUGAGGUACGGCAUCAUGGAAAAUUUGUUGCGUGGAAAUCUGGAUCAAGAGUGUGUUACAAAGGAGAUCAAUGAUUUUUCGAUUCAACUACAACAGAAUCGAAUAGCAUUUACGGCCUGCAAUUUCUUUCAAAUAAACAAUGGUUUGUUUACUACGUUUGUCCAGGUGAUCAUCACUUAUCUAAUAGUCGUCGGUCAACUUUAUCAACAACCUAAAGAUUUAAGCAUGUUAAAAAAGCUUAUUUUGAAAACGAAAAAUCAAACGUACUCGCAGAAUUAAUAAGAAAAAUUUUUAAUAAAGUGAUAAAUAUGAGUGAGACGUAAUUAAUGCGCAGGAGUAAAAUAAAUUCUAGGAUGUCUUCUAAUUACAGUGUAUUUUGUAACUUUUUGGAUCUACCUUUGUGCCAUUUUCUCUACCAGUACUCUACCAAUUGUAAAUAUAUUUUUUUUCACUUAUUGUACUUCUUUAAUCACGAUAUACAUAUGGCAUGGUAAAUAAGGUUUUUCUUUUAAGCAACCUGACUUUUCACCAGUAAAAAAUGGAGAGAUUAUCAUUAGCACAUUAUUAAAUAAUGGUUAUCAUAUGGACGUAAUUUUUAAUUGGAUAAAAAGAAGAUUAAAAAAUCUUAUAAGAAUUAAGUGGAACAUCAGUAGAUUCACAUAGAUUUAGAAUUUGACAAUAAAAUAAAAAAAAAUUAUAGCCAUACCAUACAUACACAAUGUUUUGGAAAUAGUCACUUCAGCCGUCGAUAAACAAGAAUUCAUAAUACAGUAUAGAGUCUUAAACAAAUUAACUGUAUUCAUUAAAAGACAUAAAGGUGAAACGAGUGUAGAUUCAAGUAACAAAGUUGUAUAUAAGAUCUGUUGUAAAUAUUGCGACGCAUCAUAUGUUGCACAAAUUAAGUGGCAAUUAGAAACUAGACUGAACGAACACAUGAGAAAUAUUAAUUGGAAUGCAUCCAAACUCAUAGUAAUUUCAGAGCAUAUGUUAGAAUUUAUUCAUACGUUUGACUAGCAAAAUAAGAAAAUAUUAGAUUUUGAAACCGUUUAUCACAAAAGAUUAAUCUCAAAGAUGAUCCAUAUAAAAUUAAAAAAAAAAAAUAAGAUCUAUUAUAUGGAGGACACAGAAUUGUUAGACAGUGCGUACAUUAAUAUACUUUCGACGUUAUAAAAUUAGAAACGUUAAUUUCUGUUUUGGUUUUUCCGUAACGUUUGACGUUGACCGUUUCUCUUAGUUUGAAACCGAACGUCGAAUAUAGCGGCAGUGAAUGAUGUACGAUAUUCGUCGAUUGAGGAUCACGUAAGAUCGAAACAUGUUCCGUGUUGAAUAUUUGCCAACAUCACUGACUUAAAAUAAACGUCAAGAUCUAUUAAAAUUGUAACAUUGCGUGUUAUUUUGGAACAAUAUUUACAUUAAUUUUUUUUUAAUUUCUAUAUUUUUACAUUUUAUAAUAAUGUUGUCUUAUUGUAUCCCGUGUUCUUAUAUCUAGCUUAUAAAAAUAAAUGAAUAGACUAAGUUAAUAUUAAGUAAUAAGUAAUUUAAUGUGCAUUGUCCGCCUCUCGUAUACGGCACUCUUCGCUUAUUAUUAGCGUUUCGAGCUUUGAAUUGCGGCCGUCUUUGAAUCAUCUCAUACCGACGAUCGCGUGGUAAAUUUUUUGGCCGCGCUCGUGUAUGGAAAUCGCAACACUGUCACAAAAUACUAUCUGCUGUAACUUGCUCGUGAAUAUUAUUGUUAUUUUCCCG